AUGAGAGAUUGGCUGUGGACUCCUGAGGAAGUGAAGGACACUCCGUCCGUUCGGCGUGGAAUGACGCCCGCAGAAGAGGCCAGAAUCCGAAGAGAAGGGAUUAGGCUGAUAAUGGAAGUGGGAACUGGUGUGAGGGCCAAGGCCUGGCCCACCAUUGGAACUGCCUCGAUCUAUUUUCAUCGGUUCUAUAUGUUCCACUCGCUACAGGAAUUCCCACGUGAGAUGGUCGCCAUGGGCUGUUUAUUCCUUGCUGGUAAAGUUUCGGAAACUCCAAAAAAGUGCAAAGAUAUCGUGACUGCUGCUCAGAAUGUCUUCCCAACAGUUUAUGGAAACAAAAAUCGGAACACUUUCGUGGUGAGUUUUGAACCCUUCUUCCAACUAUAG